CCUUAUUGUUACUGCAGCCCAGCUCUCCAUUCGUCACAUGUGUUCACUUCUCAGACAAAGAAAUCAAAGUACGUGAGAUAUAAAAAGAAGCCUCUUUCCCAGUUCACUUGGCCAUGAAGUGAAGCUGCAAAUGGCCUCCAGGCCAGAGCGGUCAGUGUGAAAAGGGAAUCUCGGGGGAGAAAAGAGCAGACAUUUGGGAGAGAGAAGAGUUUUACACAGAGCAUGGCCUCAAGCAACAAUGACAGCAUGGACAAACAACUGGCAUGCAUUAAGCAAGAGGAUUGUGAGUGGGGUGCAUUAACAGAUUUGUACGUGAAGGCCGAGGAUUGUGAGGGGCAAUGUUCAGUUUUCAAAGAGGAGUCCAAGGAGAAGGCUAUUGAAAUUAAGGUCGAGAAGUCCGAGGUUUUGCCAGUUGCUCUUGAUCUGCAAACGCGUGAAAGCGGGAAUAUUUACAAGCAAGAUAAUGGUGAAGAGUCUCGUUCCAGUUCACAGCCCCGGUUCACUAAUAUGGGACAACAGGCGACCCAGCAGAAUCCUGUGGAACUCAAAUCCGAGUCUUCUGAUUCUGAAGAGAAAACCACAGCAAGAAACGUGAGAGACGAAGAAGAGCGGAAGUCCUCUAUGAGUGUUGGAAUAAAUUGUCCACAGAAUGUCAGCUUCUCCCCAUCUUCAUUUGCUGAGACUUCUCCUCAGUGCAGACUGCAACACAAACAGGACAAGGAGGAGAAGAUGAAGAAACCAACAAAAGGAUCAGCAAAUUUGACAGCAUCCUCUUUGCGUUCCAGUUCUCUUCCUGCAAGAGAAGCCAUCAGCACCGACAAACAACAAAGGCAUAAUACAGAUCAAGAAGCUUUGUAUGCUGGCCAAGAGUGUGGACAAGCUUAUAAAAGCAAAUCUGAAUUUAAAGAUCUCAAGUCAAAUUGUACAGCAUCAAAGCCAUUUUGCUGUUCUGAAUGUGGCAAACGAUUUUCAGACAUUUACAAUCUCCAAAGACAUACAAGAAUUCACACUGGAGAGAAGCCAUAUGGCUGUGCCGAUUGUGGAAAAAGAUUCAUUAAAAGUAGCAGUCUAAAGAACCACACAAGAAUUCAUACAGGAGAGAAGCCUUAUUGCUGUUCAGAAUGUGGGAAAAGUUUCACAGAGAGUACCCAUCUGCAGAAGCAUAAAAAACGAAUUCACACAGGAGAAAAGCCUCAUUGCUGCACUGAAUGUGGCAAACAAUUUUACGACAGCUACAGACUCCAAAAACAUAAAAGAAUCCACACUGGAGAAAAGCCUUAUGGCUGUGCUGAAUGUGGAAAACAAUUUGCUGACCGUAGCCGUCUUCACACCCACACAAGAAUGCAUAAUGGAGAAAAGCCAUAUUGCUGUUCUGAAUGUGGGAAACUAUUUUCUGAUAUUUACAAGCUCCAAAUUCAUACGAGAAUCCACACUGCCGAGAAGCCAUUUGGCUGCGCUGAUUGUGGAAAAAGAUUCAAUCAAAGUAGCCGUCUUCAGAGCCACACAAGGAUUCAUACAGGAGAGAAGCCAUAUUGUUGUUCUGACUGUGGGAAAAGAUUCAAUGACAGUAGCAACCUUCAGAAGCACAAAAGAAUUCACACAGGAGAAAAACCUCAUUGCUGUCCUGAAUGUGGGAAACAAUUCUAUGACAGUUACAAGCUCCAAAGACAUAAAAGAAUCCACACUGGGGAAAAGCCUUAUGGUUGUGCUGAAUGUGGCAAACGAUUCACGGACAGUAGCAAUCUUCAGAGCCACGCGAGGGUUCAUACUGGAAUUAAGCCAUAUUGCUGUUCUGAAUGUGGCAAGAGGUUUACGGAGAGCAGCAGUCUUCGUGAGCACAUCCAGAUUCAUACUGGAGAGAAGGCAUAUGGCUGUUCUGAAUGUGGGAAAAGAUUCACGAGGAAUAGUGGUCUUCUGAGGCACAUGCAAAUUCAUGCUCAAUAGAAGCUGUAUUGCUGUUAACGUUCAUUUUUACUCAUUAAAUAUGAUUUUUCACCAUUUGAUUAUUUAUUGAUUUACAUUGAAUGACUUAGCUGUUAGCCUUUGCCUUUUAGCGCUCUUAGAAAACAUUUUAAGUAAAGCCACUUGAUCUUUGACCCAUUCCCUGCUGCUAUUUUAGUACAAGAACAAGUAUUGAUAAGAAAACCAGUACAAUCUGGUGUAGCAGAAUGUAAUGUAGGAUAGAUGCUAAAAAGUAUGUAAUAAGUCAGAAGUGCAAGUUAGAACAAAAAUGUGCCUACGUACAUCAUGUUGCUCACCCGGCCUCUUAAGAUUUUUUAUGCGGCUGAUCCAGUGUUUGCUCCCGAUUGGACAUCAGAACUUUAUACGGAGUGGUUCAAUAAAUGUCUUUCCU